CUACCGAGUCAUAGUGGUGAGCGGCCCGCCGACGUGGGGAAACUCUACAUUACGGGAGGGGAAGGACACAUCAGCGGUUCAGAGGCGUGCAGGAUAUUAAGGUGUAGAAUAGUGGUUCAGGGCAUUCUGGUGAAUGGGCUGAAGACUAUGAGAAGUAGCAGCGAGGUGAUUUUUCUAACGAAUCAAAAAAUAAAGAAACAUACAACAGUGAGGAUUCGCUGGUGGUCACCCACCCAACUACUAACUCACCGGCGUGUGGCUUAA